GAGCUGGCAGCGCGGCCGGUUCCGCAUUCCCUACCCCUCCCCGCAGCCCGGGGGCCGCUAUAUAACCGGGCUGAUGCAACGCGCCCCGCCGCCUGCCCGCCUCAGCCCGCCGCAGGGACGCAGCGGGGCAGCCACGGGGGGCGGCGGCGGCAGCAGCUGGCCAGGCACCCCGGCGGCUCCGGCUCCGGCUCCGGCUGCCCCCGGCAGCGGCGCGGCGCGGCGGGGCUGAGCCGAGCCGAGCCGAGCCUGCCCCCGGCCUCUGCGGCCGGGCCCCGCCGUCUCCUCCCCGUGCACGACUGUGGAGCUGUUUGUCCUGCUAUGAUGCCAGGGCAGAUUCCAGACCCAUCCGUGACAGCUGGCACUCUGCCUGGGCUUGGCCCCUUGACGGGACUGCCUGGCACCGCCCUGACCACGGAAGAGCUGAAGUACGCCGACAUCCGCAACAUUGGGGCCAUGAUCUCACCACUGCAUUUCCUGGAGGUGAAGCUUGGGAAGAGACCCCAGCCAGUGAAAAGUGAGCUGGAUGAGGAAGAGGAGAGGAGGAAAAGGCGCCGCGAGAAAAACAAAGUAGCAGCUGCUCGAUGUCGCAACAAGAAGAAGGAGAGAACGGAGUUCCUGCAGCGGGAGUCUGAGCGGCUGGAGCUCAUGAACGCUGAGCUGAAGGCCCAGAUAGAGGAGCUGAAGCAAGAGAGGCAGCAGCUGAUCCUGAUGCUGAACCGACACCGUCCCACAUGCAUCGUGCGGACAGACAGCAUCAAGACGCCAGAAAGUGAGGCCAACCCACUGCUUGAACAACUAGAGAAGAAGUGAAAGGAUCUCUGGGCCAGGAGGAGGAGGAGACGGGAAGUGGGGUCUCCAAGGGUCUCUAAUCUAUGUACUGUACAAAGAACUGUGUCCCCAGACCUUGUGCAGCCAGAAUUCAGAGGUGAUUAUUGACCAACCAAAUAUUGGGGAGGAGAGGAUUAGGCACCUGCCAUUCAUCCUUCCCUGAUGCUGCACCCAGAGCAGGUCUAGUGGUUCUGGUGAGGGCAGCCCCUUGCAAUACCUCAUCAUGGCUCUUCCAUCCACUUGCCUGCCCCAGGGAUCAACUGAGCAGCCUGUUGCAGUCUACCUUGAGUCUGGAUCAUGUUGUGAGGGGAGCAGGGACUUACAACUUCCCCUCUCCCCAUAACUACCAGUAUGCACCCAGCUGGGAGCAGGGGCUCGACCCAGGAGAAAUGACCACAGGGUGGGGAGCAGGCAGCAGAUAGAGGCAUGCUGGACAGAUCCCCCAGGCCUGUCCUGUCACCAUCCUCCUGGUCCUGCCACUGCUCCUUGCGCACACUCCAGAGAAGAAUCUGAAACAAAGAAGCGCAAACACUUGAUGCAAGCCCUGUCUCACGGCUGGGCCUGUUCGUGGCACUGUGGCGCAGGCGCCCCCACAAGCACACUCUCAGUAUAAUGUUUACAGCCCAGCUGUCCCUGUCGGCCGUGCUUUUAAAUGCACAUUUUUACACGUUUUUUAUAUUUUUUACAAAGGUUUUAUACAGCGAUCUCUAUAUGGAUUUAUAUAAUCACUAGAUGUGAUCUUAUAGAAGUGUAUGUUAUGAUGGUCUGUUUGUUACAAAUACAUAUGCUGCAGUUAUCUCCAUUGUGUUACCUGUCUGGUAGUGCCUGGCUCCUUUCCUCUUGGCAUGCUGGGAGAGGGGUCUGGAUCUCCCCCAACACCGGCACUGCUACCAGCUCCAUCCAUGUAUGUCCUUCAUAAUACUCAGUUCUGUAUCUCUCAGUAAAUGUUACCUUUACUUAUA